AUGGCGAAGAAGACGAGAGAGAAGAAAUCGCCGAUGGGUGGUGGUGCAGGUGGUGGUGGUGCGGCGAAACCGAAACACUCCAUGAGCACGGAAAACAGAACGAAAGGAAGCGCGCACGGGAACUCGCAAAGAAGCGCGGCGACCGUGAGACGAUUGAAAAUGUACAAACAACGACCGAUACGAGAUAAAAAAGGGAAGAUUUUAAAGCAAGAGUUACAAUCGAAGGAGUUACCGAGCACGAGAAUCGUUCCCGAUCGAAGAUGGUUCGGGAAUACACGAGUUAUAGGCCAGAAGCAACUGGCUGAGUUUAGAGACGAGAUGGCGGAGAAAACGGCGGACGGAUAUCAGGUGAUUUUGAAGCAGAAGAAACUUCCCCUGUCGUUAUUGGCGGACCCAGAGAAAGGAAGAUCGAGACGAGUGAAGUUGUUGAACCAAACGCCGUUUUCGAGCGUGUUUGGAGCGAAGAAAACGAGGAAGAAGCCAAACUUGCAAAUGGACGACAUAAUGGCGAUGGCGCAAACCGCUGAACUGGCGGGAGAAGCGUACGACGAAGGCAUAGAGACUGGAGCACUUCACGACCGCGAUUUGGUGACUGCAGAUGAUGGUGUACGGAAAGCCGGUGGCGAUGAACUGUUUCAAAAAGGACAAUCCAAAAGAAUUUGGGGAGAAUUGUAUAAAGUCGUCGACUCUUCGGACGUUUUGAUUCAAGUGUUGGACGUGAGGGAUCCUUUGGGCACGCGAUGCGAACAUUUAGAGAAGCAUUUGAAAAUGGACGCGAUGAAACGGCACAAGCACUUGAUUCUAUUGCUCAAUAAAGUUGAUUUAGUUCCCGCAUGGGUCACCAAACGAUGGUUGUACGCGUUAUCGAAGGAGUACCCGACCAUCGCGUUCCACGCCUCGGUGACGAAUCCGUUUGGGAAGGGUGCGCUCUUAUCUGUCCUGAGACAAUUCUCUCGUUUGAGGUCCGAUAAACAAAAUAUUUCCGUAGGAUUCAUUGGGUAUCCAAACGUAGGUAAAUCAAGCGUCAUCAACGCUUUGCGAACGAAACGCGUGUGCGUGACGGCUCCGAUUCCUGGCGAAACGAAAGUUUGGCAAUACGUUAACUUGACCAAGCGUAUUUUUCUCAUCGAUUGUCCCGGCGUCGUGUAUCACGAUACCGAGGAUACUGAUACGGAUGCCGUUUUGAAAGGCGUUGUUAGAAUAGAGAAGAUGGAUGACGCUGCGGACCACAUACCAGACGUCGUAGCGAGAGUAAAGCCGGAAUAUUUGCGAAGAGCCUACCGAGUCGCGUCUUGGACUUCGCCGACGCAUUUUCUCGAACAAGUCGCGAGGAAUCAAGGCAAAUUAUUAAAAGGGGGUGAACCCGAUUUAAAUUCGGUAGCCAAGUCUAUUCUAUUUGAUUGGCAGCGCGGUCGAAUUCCUUACUUUGCACCACCGCCCUCGCUACCGCCGAGCGAAGACGUCUUAGCGGCAGUUCGAGACGCUAAGAGCGCCAAGAACGGCGGCGGGGGCGUGUCCGAAAACGUAUCAAAAUCAGAACGCGACGCCGCUGAAGCGAUGACGCAAACGGCGAGAGAUUUGUUAGUGAAACAAGUCAACCGACGAAUUCCGCGCGCAAAUGGAUUGUUCGACGCCGAAGAUGCGCGAGAUGACGAAAUAGAGGAUGUAGAAAUUGAAAGUAGUGACGACGAAGAAGACGAGGAUGCGUUGGACGAAGACGACGAAGUGGAAGAAGUAGAAGACGAAAGAGGGCAGACGAGAAAAAGAAGCAGAGCGGCUGCUGGUUCCGAAGAAGAUGAUGACGAAGACGAAGAUGGCGGUGAAGCUUCUGAAUCCGAGGAUGUUGAAAUAGACGACGACGAAGACGGUCCUGGUUUAGACGAUAAAAUUCUCGAUAAAUUUGGAAGCGACGACGACGACGAGGAAGAAGAAGAUGACAAAGAUAAAGACGAAAAAGAUGAUGACGGCGACUCGGAUUCGGACGGAUACGGCGAAGCUGGUUUAUCUUUUGAAUCUAUCUUAGCGGACGUGCGAGGCGACAUUAAAGAAAAGCCAGCUGCACCUGCGGGGGGAGGUAAAUCGAGCGCGCGAGCAAAGAAGAAGCAAGCCGUCGUCGCGAAGAAGAAACCGGCGGCUACGAAGAAGAAGAACAGAGAAGUACGAAAAGGAACCGUGUCCUUCAUCAAGGAUAACGCGGGAGUAGAUGCAUCUUCGAGCCAAAAGAAGAAAAAAGCCGCACCCGCGCGACGACCAAAGAGUAAACGCAGCGACAUGCUCGAGAUGUAA